AUGGAUCUUGAUACUUUGUAUGCCGAUGCCUUGGCUGGAGAUGCCGAAGCCAUAGCCGAAUUAGAGAAGAAAGCUGAUCGCCUCAGCCAACACGAUAGAACUAUCCUUCACGUCGAAUCCAUGUAUGGUCAUCCAGAACGCGUGCGAAGCAUUAUGAAAAUGUUUGAACAAAUUUUUUUUUUGGUCAAGCUGGAUACGUUUAAACAAACUGCGCUUCACCUGGCCGCAGAUCAUGGACACACUGAAGUGGUCGAGCUCCUGAUUGAUGCAGCCAGAGCUUUGUCUUCUCCGCUUGGUGAUGAUGAUAUACAUGAUCCAGUUGAAGAUUUUAUUAGGCGAGCUGAUGAGAAGAUGAGCACUGCUUUGCACCUAGCAGUCAGCAAUCAUCACAUGGGUAUUGUUAAGCUGAUAGUGGAGCCAGAUCCGAGGGAUAGACAUAUUCAAAACUGUAACUAUGAAACUCCCAUCUACAUUGCAGCAAAACUGGGCUACACCCACAUAGUCAUUUACGACCGCCAUUACCGACCGCACAAAAUCGAAAAAUAUAAGCAUCUGUCCACUGCCAAGGAACUUUGGAAAGCAGCCAAACGUUCAGCUUGUCAUGAGGAUGCACCAUAUAACAGCUUUGAAGCCUUGUUUUAUAUCACUGACCAGGAUGGCCACAAUGUCUUGCAACUGGCAGUGAUGGGAAAUAACAAGGAUGCGGUGGAGCUGAUACUGAAGGAAGAUCCGGAAUAUCACCACAAGCGUUCAAAUAAAAACAGUGAUCUCAAGUCUUUAGCUUACAUAGCGGCCGAAAAGAGGUAUAAAGACAUUGUCAAACUAGUCUGUGAAACUUAUGAAGCCAGAAAUGAAAUUGGUCAUUGGGGUCAGACCACUUUGCAUGCUGCUAUUAUAGGGCGUGAUGCAGACACUGCACUUGUUCUUUUACGCCGUAACCGCCAUCUAGUAACAUGGGAAGACCACAGAGGGUGGACACCACUUCAUUACGCCGCUUAUUACGGAUUUGAUGAAAUAAUCCUUGAGAUGCUAGAUAAGCAAGACGAGGUAGCAGGAUACCAGUUUGUGCCCAGAGAAAACAUACCUCCACCAUUUUUUGUGGCAGUAGAACAAGGACAUCUUUCUACGGUACAACUAUAUAUGUUCAGCCAUGUAAUAGGGUCAAAAUCGGUCAGCGCAGAUGUUAAUUUUAAUGGUCAAAAUAUACUGCACUUUAUGGCGUCUGGAAAAAACAAACAAAUGAUAAAGUAUAUAUUGAGGUUCUGUGAAACUAGCUCCGUGGAAAAUAUCGAUAUAUUGAAUCAGAAAGACAUCCAUGGAAAUACACCUCUUCAUAUACUAAUUAUCCGUGAGGGUUGUUAUGUACCUGAAUUCAUUAAAAGUGUCAGCAUUGAUAAAAAUGCAACAAACAAUGAUGGGUGGACUCCUGUAGACAUGUUAUAUUUCAGUAAGAACGUCACCGACGACCAGGUACGAAUUAGAAUAGAAAUCGAUAAUAUCCAAGCUAAACACAAGUGGAAAUUUUGGCACAGAAGCAUCAAAUUACAUAACCCGAGUCCAGUGCCCUUUGGAAUCAGGUUCGGAAAGGAACCUGAAUUUAUAAAAGCUAAGAGAUUACUGAUUGAAGGAGAGAUUAAAAGGAAGAAAGAUGAGUUUAAACUGGUGAAAGAUGAUCUUGAAAGAGACACCGCCAUGACUAGAGAAGCAGAGAGUAUGGGAGAUGGUAUCAUAAAAGUGGUUGUGCAUAAUGAUUAUGUCAAUGUGGUCCUUGACUCAGCUCCAUCCAGCUCUAAAGUUUGA